UUUACACUUUGUCCUGGGUUCAUAAGAUCACUAUAAACAGUAGUUGAAGACCUUGUGUAACAUGGUUAAGAGUCAAUUAUACUGUAACAGAUUUGUUCAGUCUUUUCCCUUGGAUCUUAAGUUCUAGUACUUCCUCGUGCACACCUUAUUUCCAUAUGUUAUUGCGCUAUGUUCUCAACAUUCAGUUUUUCUCAAUACUGUUGACACUACUAUUUGUUAGACUCCUUUGCUAUUUAAUAAUUUUAUAUCGCGGUUCCGAAUUGACAUAGCAACUAGAGUUAAAGCAACUGGCUUUAACGUCAGUGCAACUUUUGUUGUUAUUUUGAAAUAUAUAUAAUUUUUAAAGCGAUUUAUUGUCGGGUAUAUUUUCUAAUCAUUCAAAAUAGCGUGAAAUGUUGUACUUUUUUCCAAGCUCUAUUGCAUUAUCUCUAUCAGUCUGACUUGGCUCAAAAAUUUAAAUUGAUUGAUUUAAACAUGAGAUAGAUAAUUUCUGUUGGUAGUUUUCCACAAACUAUUAUCAGUUAAAUUAUGUCAAAAUACUAAGGAAUAGGGUAAAACUAAUUUCUCCUUAAAGGUGUUCAGUAUAAUGGUUCUCUGUUAAACUAAUCUUGUCGGAAGUGUAAUCCAUUGUAUUCUGAAUUGAAUUUAGUCAAGCACGAUGUUAUUUAAUGACAAUUCCCGUCAAUUUCAUAUCCUUUACAUAUACUCUAUGUGAUUAUUCAGGUGAUUUUAGAAUUUAAUCAUAAGUUUAAACUUCUAAACUGGCCAGCUCAAAAUAACCUACUUAUGAUUUAUAUUAUCGACGAAUUGGAAUAUAUUUACGUCAACAUUGACUGAUAAUCAUUCAGAAAACAAUUUUAAUACUCUACACUCGAAUAAACAAACAAUGUUGGCAGCGAAAGAAGCUGAAAGACAAUUAGACGAUCUGUUAUAUUCUUUAAAACAAUUCAAGGCUAAUGCUUUUUUUAAUGGGAUCGCCAAUGAGCAUCAGAUUUUAUCUUUUUCCAUAAAAGUCAUCGAAGCCAAUAAUAAAUUUGUGAUCAAACCAAUGAAAUUAACAAAACCUAUCAUUCACAAGUGUAUUAUCCAAAGUUCUAAAGUUUUUACACGGACAAUAUUAUAUUAAACGAUAUGAAAACAUUCAGUAUGCAUUCAUAACAAUGAUUACUUGAAAUAAAACCACGUUACUUUUACAUCACUUCACAAAGAUAAUUGAUACUUGUACUUUGAACAGAAUUAUACUUCGUGAAUAUAACUGGUAAAAUGAAAAAAAUCUUUACGUAGAUAUUUGUUUUUGCUUUUUGUUUGGCCUAUAGAUCAAUAAUCAUCAAAGCGAUUCUGGUGCUGAACUACUGAAUAGUAUGAGUAGUUCAUUCAUUGAUAAUUCAGUAUCGGAUAUUCAUCAAACAAAUUCACAAACACCUUCACAUAAGUCUUCUACAACAUCAAAUCAUAAAUUUGGUAUUAAUAUUAGCACUAACAGUAUCAAUAAUAACAGUAUGACAGUAGAUAUUAACAGAAGUUAUAAUUAUGAUCAGCAUCAUGAUAAUAAAAUUAAUCAAAAUACUGAUAAUUUGAACAUUACUGCACGAUUACAAAGGCAUAAUGCUAAACGUGUAAUACCACCGAAAUACGAUCAGAUCAACAAUGUUUCAUCUACAGAACAAGGUCCAACUCAACUAUUAAAUUCAAUGCUUAAUGAUUUAUCGUCUGAACUAUCUCAGCAUGGUGCAAAAACUAAUCCUCGUGGACAGUGUUAUGCUUGUAAAAAGCCUAUAAAUGGAACGUUAAUAACAGCUAUUGGUAAAGAAUGGCAUCCGGAACAUUUCACUUGUGCUAGUUGUCGUGUUGGCUUAGUUCGUCAAGAUUUCUAUGAACGUGAUGAUCAAGCUUAUUGUACUCAAUGUCAUCUACAAAUGUUCUCACCUAGAUGUGGUUAUUGUGGAGAGGCAGUUGUCGAGAAAUGUGUUUUGGCUUUGGCACGUGCAUGGCAUCCUGAGCACUUUUUUUGCUACGAAUGUCAUUCCACUUUUAAUGGAUCGUUAACAGUACAUGAACAAAAUGGCAAAUUUUACUGCUCUAACUGCUAUUUCACACGAUUUGGAACUCCAUGCUCUGGCUGUCAACAACCUAUUACAGAUGCAUACAUAACUGCGUUGGAUAUGCCUUGGCACAAAGAUUGUUUUACUUGUCAUGAUUGUAAUAGAAUACUCACUGGAUCAAGUUUUCAUGAAAUUGAAGGAUAUCCUUACUGUGAUUCUCAUUAUUACUCAAGACGUGGAUUAUUAUGCUCUGCAUGUUCAUUACCAAUUACUGGAAGGUGUGUAAACGCACUUGGUAAACGUUAUCAUCCAGAGCACUUUUUAUGUGCUUAUUGUUUACAUCCAUUACAAACCGGUACAUUUAAAGAACAUUCAAGUAAACCAUACUGUCAUCAGUGCUUUACCCAACUGUUUGGUUAGUAUGGUGCACAAAUAUCUACAUUUAUAUAUACAUACAUAUUACUGUUUUUUUCUUCUUGUUUAAGUUUCCGAUAUUGAAGGUUGAACAGUUAUGUUUAUUACCUUUAAACUAUCAAAAUAGUAUGACAAACAGUAAAUGUUAAAUUAUUUUUAAGUACUAUUCAGCUUAUGUUUCAAAGUAUUGUACAUACUGUUUGUAUCUUGUUUUUUUAGUUAUUCUUACAUCUCAUAACGUGUUUCUUGCUUAGACUCAACAACUUACACGAAGAUUUAUCAAGCACACUGUGUUAGUCAAUAUUAUACUUUUGAAACUACAUAGCAUCUAAAUGUGUGUUUCAUAUAUGUUCUCAUCGCCAAAACACUAUUUGAUGUAAAAAUGAUGUGUACAUGCAUCAAUGCAAAGCAUAUAAGGGAUAUAGCUGAUUCCAAAUUAAUUUGUUAUGUUUGGUUCUUGGAUAGCUGCGGUUAUGUCGGAGCUCUGAAUGUAUUAAAUUUAUGCAGAAAGCUCAGAUAAAUAUUGGUAUAUUUCCUCUUACGUUUACGGGUUCAACUUAUGAAGAUGUUAUUUACCUUUGGCCAAGUUGAAGCUUUUCUGGAGCGUCAAGAAAAACGUUGCGAACAGUUCCAAAUUCGAAUUCUAGAAACUCUAACGCAUCAAAUGAACCUAAAUUAAAAGAUGACCCAUUCAAAUCCCAUGCCAACUGCUCAAGUCAUACGCGGUAUAUUAAGAAUCUAAGCUCUUGAUAUAACACCUUUCAUCAGGCUGUUUGUGCGGUAUUAGCACUAAACCCAAACAGAUGAAUUCGCAGUUACUUUUGGUCGUCUAGGUUAGGUUUCAUUCACGUGAUCAUUUGUUUCAUAUCAGCGUUCAUCACUCAUUGUUAUUGAGUAUAUACCCUGGGAGGAAUUCAAAAUAUUUAGCUGGUUGAUAACUGUAUCGUUAUUUUGGCUGGAUUUCGGAUAUAUUUGUUUUACUUGAACUCCGAACUUGCUUGUUUAUAACUGAAAUCCUGGAUAUUUUCAAUCCUCUACUGUUUUCAUUUGCUAUUUUGAAAAUUUUGCCUUGAAAGGCUUGUUCGUAAAUUAUUAUUAGAAUAAUAUUUCUUUGGUGACUACUUGUAAUUUACGUAAAAAUGUUGGUAUCUGUAUAAAAUCUGUUCUCUGUUGUUUGGGUUGUAGUUUACACGUUUAUCAAUGGACAAUUCCUAAAAAUGAACCAGUGCAGAAUUUCGACAUUCUAUUUUCCGAUUCUCAUAUUGAUGUCUGAAGUGGUUCAGUGUUAGGAUCAGUUAUGCACCUCAUGAUCACAAAGAACAUAGUAUAGUAUCAUUUUUGCGGAAUUUUCCGGCUGCUAAGAUUGUGAAAGUAUAAAAUGGAUAUUUUCGAAGACGUACUAGAACUUCUGGAAGAUGUUAUCAGAUUGUAGCUUGACAUAUGAUUAUAAGCUGCCUUUAAAAUCUUAAUAGCUUAAGGCGGACAUUUCGUAACACAAGACAAACUGCACAUGCAGUUUGAGAAUUACUAGAUGUGAAAUAUACGAUGGUUUCAGGCCUUUGUGACUUUAAAUCCAAUCUUAAUUGUGAAAACAUUUCACGAGCACAUCACACGCCACAAUAUUUAAAUUCCAAGUUGACCAGUACGAAAAAAGAUAUUUCCAGAGUUUUAUUCAGCUCUAGCUCCAGAGAAUAUAAUUACUUGGAAAACUAUCCAAAGCGAAAUCCGUUCUUGGACUCAGGUAUUUACAUUUUAUCUCAAUCUUUUUGAUCUGGAGUGAUUUUCUCUUGACAUUACAUUAUUUAAAGUUUCUCAGCCUGAUUUACUUUAAACUGAAUGAAACGUUGUUGCCGUUACUAUGCCAAAUAAAUUGAGAAUCUCUUAACUGUUUUUUUUUAAUAAUUUUUUGACAAUCUAUAAAAUGAACUUUGCGUUUAUACUUUCCUUAUUCUUCCGUUUGAACAUGUUAAACAUGUAUGGUUGACACUCAGUUUCUCGUUUUUCUCUGGCUUCGCUGCAAUGAACGGUUGAGACUGCUUAUUUAAAAUAGUAUUUUCUUUCGUCUGUUGGUCAUCGAAAAAAGCACAUUUUAUUCUAUCUAUCGAUUGAGUUUCUCUCUUGUCCCUUUUGUCAAUGAUGAAG